CCGAUUCGGGACGGACAGCCCCGGUUUGGGAUGGACAGCCCCGCCCGGCAUAGCCCCGCUCCCGCCCCGCGCCGCCGAGGGCAGAGAUGCUUGAACUCCACAGAGCAGACUUGCCUGCUGAGGAGAGCACAUGCCAGAGGUGCUGCUGUGGGUGAGAGGAGCUCUGGUGCCUGUUGAGGCAGGAGCUGCUCCUUCCCCCGCUCCCCUCCGUGACUGACACUGGCACCGGGAUCGCUGCAACUGAGCCUGAGGAAAAGCAAAGGAGCCUGACUUUGCUGAGAGGAUUCUCCUGGCAGGGGAAGGCAUGCAGCAGAGCCUGGAAGUGCAAGUCCAGGUGCUAGGGUGAGUUCCACCCAAGCCAUGCCGUGGUGACUUCUCUCUCUGCACCGCAUCUUGCUCGGCACCAGGGCGCUGUGAGCGGCUGCCCAUGGCCCUGGGCUGGAUUAGUGCCUGCUCUGAGUCCCCUUGAGCCAUCUGAGGAACUGAAGAAGACAGCAGGGAAGAUGUUGGACUUGAGCUUCCUGACCGAGGAGGAGUAUGAGAAGCUGAUGAAGGUUCUGCAGAGAGAUGCAGAGCUGAAGAAGAAGGAUGGGGAUCGCAUCAGGAGGAUUCAAGGCUCCAUCACAGAUGAAAAGAAGAAGAAGUUUGUGACAGGUGAAUGGUUUUCAGAAGUGAAGGCAAAACGGUUCCAGGAAGACUUGGCAGGGCCGGAUCUCCUUCGAGCAUCCAUUAGAAGGAAAAAGGGCAAGCUAGAAGGUGAGGACAAGAAGCACAUCCAGACAAGUCUGGAAAGCAAAACUGCCCCAGUUCCUGCCUUUACUGAGGACAUCGCUGGUGCAGGAGAGGAAAGAUCCAGUACACCUACUCUUGAAACCACAGAGCAGAAAAUUUUGCCGAAACCGAAGCCAAGACUUCCUGUCCAUUUGUCUGCAUCAUACAAGAGUUCCAGCAUACAUGAUGUCUCUUCCUCAGAGAGUGACACAGGAACAAGUCCAGUUGUGAUUGCAACAAACAGCUUUCAUUUGUCUGGAAAAGGUCAUGGAGAUUCUCCAGUGUCCACCAGGCUUUCAGAGGAUGCUGAGCCUCAGCCCAGCACUGCAGCUGGAGGAGAAGCUGCUGAUGGAGCCACAGAGGGGCCAAAAACUCCUCCUGAGGAAACUUAUCCUCCCAGCAAAAUCCCAGUCAAGAAGAAAGCAAGCAGAACCUUCCCCAGGUGUGAGCAGGCUGUGAAUGACACGGGGCCAGCAGAGAACAGCCCUGCCAAGGAGGAGUCAGUGCCAGGCCCCAGAGCACUGCCCACAGACGGGGAGAGCGGCCGGGCCGGCAGGCAGGGGGUGAACUACACCAUCUCAGCCAUGAGCAACAGGGACGAGGAGAUCGGCCUGGACCGCGAGCACUUCAGGAGCCUGAAGAACUUUUGGGAGAAGGGAGCAGAGUCUUUAGGGGCAGGGGGCAGCCCAGGGCCAGGGCUGGGUGAGGCAGCCCCUCGGCAGCUCAGGCUGGGCCGCUCGCUCUCCCUGCAGGCUGCGCCAGGCCAGGGUGCUGAAGGGAAGCCUGGUGCCUUCAGCAGAACAAGGACCCCCCACAAAAGGACAAUAACUCUGUCUUCCAGCGAGGAAGAGCCAAGCUGUGCCACUCCUGCAAGGAAGGGCUCUGUUUCUGUCACUCCCAGCUCCACCUGUGCCAAGAUCAAAGGGGGCCUGGUUACGAGAAAUGACUUGCUGGGUGAAAGCAAUGGGAAGCUGCUGAUGCCGGAGGAAGAGAAGGUGGUGCAGCACUGCUCCAAGAAAUCCAGGCUGCCUGUGAGCGCACCUUCCAUCCAGCUCGAGUCACCCACCAAGGACGUGUCUGGCAGCUCACUGGGGCCAGCAGGGACACCCGUGGAGGAGGAGCUGGUGGUGGCAGGAGAGCGCAAGCACACAUGGAGGGCCCCGGCCAGCAGGGUGCAGAUACUGAUAGAGCCUGUGCCCACAGAUGGGGAAAGUGAGGAUGAGAAAGAGAAAAGAUCUGAUUUGGGCACUCAAGACAGCAUGGAAAUAAAUGGAGAGCUACCUGAGGAAAAGAUGUGUGAGUCUUCAGACCAGCCAACACCUGGUGAACCAUCUGGAGAGAGAGAAGCUGUUCAGGGAACAGACUCAGCUGUUUACUCAGAGGAAGAUGGGGAUCAUUCUCCUGCUGCUCAGGCACUGGCCCGAGCAAAUAGCAUUAAUCUUGCAAAGAGUAUGGUGAACAUUUACACAACCACAGAGACAUACAAUAAACCUCAUUUGAUACCACAUCAAUUUCUUGAACCUGAAAGAGUGAAAGAACUGAGCAGAUCCUCUCCCCUCCUGUUGUCUGAGACGGAGUCAGACACGGCCUCGGAGCUCAGCUUCCAGCUGGGCAGGCACAAGAAGUCCCCCAGCACUGGCAGCCACUCCUCUGACAUGGCUUCUGUCUCCUCGGUGAGUGGCAGUGUGCUCAGUGUCUACAGUGGUGACUUUGGGAGUGUGGAUGCCCAAGGAACUGUGGAAUUUGCCCUGGACUAUGACGAGAAGAACCGGGAGUUCCAGGUGCACGUGUCCCAGUGCAGGGGCUUGGCUGUGGUGGAUGAGAGGAAAGGCAGAUCUGACCCGUAUGUUAAGACUUACCUGCUCCCAGACAAAGCCAGGAUGGGUAAGAGGAAAACGUCAGUGAAGAAGAGGACAGUGAACCCUGUGUACAAUGAGGUGUUACGGUAUAAAAUAGAGAAAAUGGUGUUGCUGAUCCAAAAAUUGAAUCUCUCUGUUUGGCACAAUGAUCCACUGGGACGUAACAGUUUCUUGGGAGAGAUUGAGAUAGACUUGGCCAGCUGGGACUGGAGCAACAGGAAACUCAACUGGUACCCACUGAAGCCCCGGAGCCUUUCUGCUGUUAAUGGUGUGGAUCAUCGAGGAGUGAUGAGUUUGUCCAUUAAGUAUGUCCCCCCUGGAAGCCUGGGGCCCAGGAACCCUCCCUCUGGUGAAGUUCACAUUUGGGUCAAAGACGUCAAGGACCUGCUGCAGUUGCGUCCCUCUGGAGUGGAUUCCUUUGUGAAGUGCUAUGUGCUUCCAGACACCAGUAAGAAGAGCUACCAAAAGACCAGAGUCAUAAAGAGAGACACAAACCCUGUUUUCAAUCACACCAUUGUGUAUGAUGGCUUUCACACGGAGGAUCUGAAGGAUGCCUGUGUUGAACUCACUGUGUGGGAUCAUGAGAAACUUACCAACCAUUUCCUUGGAGGAAUCAGGCUGGGCCUUGGGACAGGUUUGAGCUAUGGCAUCUCUGUGGACUGGAUGGACUCCACCCAGGAGGAGGUGGCCUUUUGGCAGGAGAUGAUGUUGGCUGCCAAUGAAUGGAUCGAGGGAUUGCUGCCCCUGCGCUCACUGGCAGGGAGGAAAAAGCUGAAAUAACCCAUGGCUGGUGCCAUGGAAAUACCCAAUGUGCUCGUUAGAAUGAGGAAACUUCCUGCACCAGGGAGAGAGACCAUCCACAGGCUGCAAGUGUCAGGGGAAUGGGGCAGUUAACAGGCAUCACCUUGGAGCUGUUAAUGUUCAGUACUAAUCCACUCACAGAGGACAUGGAAGAUGCCAAACAGGACUUUAACCAAGAAGAAACUUAAUUUGCCUUUUUAUUGAAUCAUUUAUGUAUUCAGUAUAUUUGAAUUCCAUUAAGCUCUGGGAACAUUGACAGAAGGAAAAGGAGAUAUGGAUACUUUUUUCUUUUUACCAUUUUUCUUCCAUGCAGAGAUGCAGUUGUACUGAAGCAGCAGCAUGGCAUUAUUCAUACUCCCUGCAAGGGGUACACUUUGUACUUGGUGUACAAUUGCUGCAAAUCACCAGCACAGUUUGAGAAUGGGAGCUUUGCAUUUGUCACCUGUGAUAACACCUCUUUAACGUGAGGAAAAUUGAGUUCCAAGGUGCAUCUAAAGAAAGAGAGGACUAUUUGCAGCAGAAAAUGAAGAAACCUGAGGAGGAUGACAAUGAGGAAUUUGAUAUAUUAAUUUCUUUGUGCUUUAAUCUGAAAGAGUGCAGGGAUGCUCUUAGGGAUAGUGGGAUUUUACAAGCAGGGACUGUUUCCCUGGCUUUCCCACAAGCUCCCUCAGAGACUUCAGGAAAGUCUCUUUGUGAGAGUUGGAGUGCAAUAUAAACCAAAAUGUUUGCCCAGAUGUAAAACAUGGUUACAUUGCUAAGGGGCCUUUGCAAUGCCUUGUGUGCAAAACAUUUCAAUAUGAACUGAUGAGGUGGGGGACAGUGUCACACCGGCCUGGCAUCAGGGUCAGGAGGGACAGGUCACAGCCACACUGACACAGGGGACACUGGGAGCUGGGGCAGGGGCAAGGAGGGCUGAGAGAAUGUGCAGGGAGUGCAGAGCUGCAGUUUCCUGGGGGUCUCCUGCAUCUGCAUCCCCUGCUGCCCUUCCCUUCACCUGCUGUCUGCUGUGAGCUGUCAAUGGCUGGAAUUUCCCUUUUGCCAGUAGCUUGCAAAAAAGUCUUUGCAUCUGGCACAUGGACCAUGGUGGAGUGGUGUUGUGAAUACAUUUUGAAUUGCAGCUUUGUAAUUUCUGUUUUGGAUGUACAUACUGUGAUUAAAUUGAAUGUUUUUCUUUAGUCAUCAGUUGGUUGUCUUGUACCUAUUUUCAUCAUGCUCCAAAUAACCAAAAAGCAAAAGAGGUGUUAAAUUUUGUUAUGUCAAAAUGAGGCAUUUUUGCCAAAGGGCUAGUGAAAUGUCAUGAAGAAAUAAUUUUUAUAACUAUCUACUUUAGAUUUUGGCUCUCAAAUUAUUUUGAUAUUCUUCUUUAAUGGAUUGAUUUUAUUUAAGUCAAGCCUACUGUGAAUUUUCAGCUUAGCAAAGAUGAUUGUAAAUAAAUGAAUGGAAAAAUGUA